UAUUGAUAGAUGCUGACCCCGAAGGCCUUACUGAGAAAUCUUUUAGAUAGCGACCAAACAUGUGAAGCAGUUAAAAAAUUGCAUGCCAAAGAACGCCAAAUUACGUUCCUAAGAUUAUGACAUGACCAGGGGAAGGCGCGAAGUGUCGCAACUAACUGGAAAAAAUGAAUUUGAUAGGUUAGGAAUUGCGCGUGCCAAUGGCCUGUUUGAUGGUGCGCAAAACUCCUCGAAUUUUGGAAUCUACAGAGAAACAGAGAAUUUAAAAGCAAUAAUUAGAUCUAACAAUUUUUAUUUUUUUUAACAAGUGAAAAUACAAUUGCGUUAAAUGUCUGACGGCGGAAUAACGAAACUGCGGCUAGCGGAACAGGCAGCGCAAAGUUCCGUAGAAAAAGCAAGGGAGGAACAUCGCGAGAAGAUCAAGAGGGCGCAGGUUGAAGCUCAAAAGGAGAUUGAAAAAGAAAGGAAAUUGAUAAAUGAGAAGUUGUCAGAAAAAGAUAAUGAGUUGUCGAAGGAAAUUGAAAAGUACAACCAAAAGCUUCAUGAGGAUACUAAGACCGUUAUAGAAAAAAUUCGUAAGAACACCGAAGAGCAUGGUGAAGAGGCCGUCCAAAUGCUGCUGGAUGUUGUGACCGAUGUGCGAAUUGAAGUCAGAGAUUCGACGUCAAUUCAUCCGUCAUUUGUAAAAGUGUGA